GGUGCUGAAAGUCGCGGCAGCCGCGAUUCGCGAUUCAACUUUCCUCUCCUCUCCUCUCCUCUCUUUGUCAAAAGACAAAACCAGACCUCGACAACAUGAAGAACGCCACGAAGGAAGCCGCCGCGAAACUUCUCAUACUGCCACUCCUGCUCGUGCAGACACGGGGCCAGGAUUUCGGGCAGACCCAGUUCAUCUGCACGUCCGUGCCCAAGGACGUGGACCUGUGCGCGGCCACCAUGCAGAACGGCGUCGCGUCCGAGGACCUCAAGAGCACGGUGAUGCAGCUCAGGGAGACCGUGCUGCAGCAAAAGGAGACCAUCAUGAACCACAAGGAGACCAUACGGGAGCUCACGUCCAAGCUGAACCGCUGCGAAAGCCAAAGCAUGCCCGAGGCGGGUGAUUCCCGAGCGAGCGGCCGCAGGAAGGAGAGCGGCUCCAAGAACACCAUGGGCGACGUGUCGCGCGCGCCGUCGGACACGCUCUCUCAGCUGGGACAGACCUUGCAGUCCCUCAAGCAGAGGCUGGAGAACCUCGAGCAGUUCAGCAGAACCAACAGCUCGGUUCAGGCCAAUGGGCUCAAGGAGCUCCUGCAGAACAAAAUCGACGAGCUGGAGCGCCAGGUCCUGUCCCGCGUGAACAGCCUCGAGGAGGGCAGGACGAGCCUGCGCAACGAGACGGAGCAGCGUGGCAAGGUGGAGUCCACGCUCACCUCCCUGCACCAGAGGAUCACAGACUUGGAGAAAGGUCAGAAAGACAACCGACCACUGGACCGAUUCCAGCUGACUUUUCCCUUACGUACCAACUACAUGUAUGCCAAAGUGAAGAAGAGUUUGCCUGAGAUGUACGCCUUCACUGUGUGCAUGUGGCUUAAGUCCAAUGCAUCACCCAGUGUGGGCACUCCGUUUUCCUAUGCUGUCCCAGGCCAGGCCAAUGAGUUGGUGCUCAUCGGGUGGGGGAACAACCCCAUGGAGAUUCUCAUUAAUGACAAGAUGGCAAAGCUGCCAUUUGUCAUCAACGAUGGCAAGUGGCACCACAUUUGCAUCACAUGGACCACACGUGACGGGGUGUGGGAAGCCUUCCAGGAUGGAGUCAUAAGGGGCAACGGGGAAAACCUUGCACCUUACCACCCAAUCAAACCACAGGGAGUGCUAGUCUUGGGCCAGGAACAGGACACACUGGGAGGUGGUUUUGAUGCAACACAAGCAUUUGUGGGAAACAUGGCCAAUUUCAACAUGUGGGACAGGAAGCUAUCAAGUGGGGAGAUUUACAACCUGGCCACGUGCAGCAGCAAAGCGCAGACGGGAAAUGUCUUGGCAUGGGCCGAGACCAGUAUCGACAUCUACGGUGGCAUUUCCAAAUGGACCUUUGAGCCUUGCCGCCAGAUCAACUGAUCAACACGACUGGAAGGAAAAGAAAGGAAAAAACACUUAACUCUAGGUUUCUGUUUGUCUUCAUUUUAGUAUUUCAAAACCAGGAAAUAUCUAAAGACAGAACAAAACAAGGAGUUCAUACAGGCAUUUUCAUUUAUUUGGAAGCAGUCCAACUACAGGUUUUCAUUUUAUGUAGCCUACAUUUGUACUGUUUUAUAACUAAGAAAGCUAUACUGCUAUAAAUCUGAUUUCAUUUAAUGUGAAAAAGUAAUGUCUGAGAGACCCACAAAAUUUUAUACUUUUUUUUUUUUUGUUAAACAGAAAGACAGAUGACAUAGUGGGUCUGUCUGAAACCAGGUAGGUUAGCAUAUAAUAACCAAUGACAUAGUAUUUGAAUCUAUAAGACCUUUUUAAUGUUUUUCCCACCAAACACCCUGGAACUUCACUGUGAGCAAAGUGGGAAGAAAAGAGACAGGAAUGUGAAAACACCACAGAACGGGAUGGAUUUUCUUUUUUCCACUUGUUUCAUUAAUUUGCUGUAAGUGGUAAAGAACACAAUUUUUAUUGCCAACAUAUUAACAACCUGGGUGCCUUGAGUUGGUUAAAAAAUUCAGCACACCUCAUUUAAUUAAAUCAUUUACAUGUUUAAUAUAUGUUUAAUGUAGAAUAUCCGAACUGUAUCAUUAUUACAAUCUGUUAUUGACCACUUUAAGUUUUGACAGGUGUUUGUACUCUGUUUGGAAUGCUUUCUGUAUUGCAACAGCAUGAAUGAUCAAACGCUGCAAUGGCAUCAGCAAAAGUCUGCUUUUACUAUCCUCUUUUUAGGUUGAGAUUUUUUACUGUAUUGUUAUAUGCUGUAAG